GUGACCUGGGGACAAACAGGAGUAAAUGGGGGAGGGGUGUGGCCACUGGUCGAGCUUAUUGCCCCAGACAAUACACAGGGAGCCCCUUGUGACAGGGAGGAGCCGUGACUUGGUAUUUGCACAGGGCGGAGGGAAGAUCCAGGUGAUUAGUCACUGGGGCAGGUUCUUCCAGACACGAGUUUGUACUUGGCCAAAUACUUUCCAUUGGUUCUGUAGGUUCCUCAGUCUCUCCCCCCCCCCAGCCUCAUUCCUUAUUCUCCUGGGGGCUCUUCACCGGAUCAACCAAAACACUUGGACAGGGGGCACAGGAGCAAUGAGUCCUCGUCUACUGCAGGUCUGUGCCAACACUGGAGGUUCAGACUGUUGCUUACGGAGCACAAUCAGCUGCUGUGAUGCACAGGAAAAGGCAACCGAUAAAUUCUGCACAAACACUCGGAUCCUCAACACAGUCCAGGGACCACUGGAACCGGAGCCACAGAUUGUCCCACUGACCCACGGACCCAUGUGUUUCUCCUGCUGCUUCUGAAAAUGUUUCUUUCUGGAUUUCACCUCGUCCUGGUGCUGAGCUGGAUCUUAUGUGCGACCCGGGGGCAACUGAUGACGCGUUUCUGCAACGACAGGACAGUGAUAAAGGUGACGUCCGACUGCACCUCAUGUGCGGCAUCUGUCAAAAUGGGGUGCCCCAACAUCUCGUCAAAGAUCACGUCUGGUAUGGGGAACCGAGGCUGCAGUUAUACAGUGGAUUUGGGGGGCCUGACUCUUUCCCUCCAGGGCUGCAGCCACACCUGCCAGGCUGUCAUUUUGAAACCAGCGUGCUGCAAAGGAUUCUGGGGAACCACCUGCACAGAAUGCCCAGGCGGGAAGAAAGCAUGUGGUGGCCAUGGCCUGUGCCAGGAUGGGAUCAGCGGCAAUGGGACUUGCAUAUGUAAAGAAGGAUUUAGGGGUCACGCCUGCCAGGACUGCGCCGAUGAAAAUCUCUAUGGGCCCAACUGUGAUUCUGUGUGCGACUGUCAGCACGGGGUGUGUAAAAGUGGCAUUUCUGGGGAUGGAAGUUGUAUCUGUGAGACGGGCUAUACGGGGCCCAAAUGUGAUCAAGAAUCUUCAUCCUGCAAAUCAUUGGCUUGUGGUCCCAAUUCCCGCUGUUUGAUGACCAGUGGGAGAUUAGCCUGCGCUUGUAUGCCGGGAUAUAGUAGAACCAAGGGUCUCUGCCAACCCCAGAAUCCCUGCAAGCCAUCGCCCUGCUCUAUAUUUGCCACCUGCACCAAUGGGGGACCCCGCAAAUUUACAUGCACUUGUAAAGAGGGUUAUUUUGGGGACGGCAAGAUCUGUUCUCCUGUGAAUCCUUGUUCCUUGAAUUAUGGGGGCUGCCCAGAAAACUCUACCAAAUGUGUCUAUCGGACCCCCGGAAAGUCCUAUUGCAGCUGUAAGCCCGGAAUGAUCCAGAAAAAGGCUUCUACGGAAUGUUAUGCGCCCAGUGCCUGCGGCCUUCAGUCGUGUGACAGCAGCGCCCAAUGCCAACCCACGCCAGCCGGAAAGUCACUGUGCGUGUGUGAGGACUGGGAGAUCGGGGAUGGGAGAAGGUGCUAUGGGACAAUAUUAAAUCAGAUUGUGAUGCUCAAUAAAAACAUUCCGCAAGUACGGAAACUGACCGGAGCCCUGAGGAUAUUAGAAGAGGGCUGUGCCCUGACUUUGAGAAAAUUCGGACCCUUCACUGUGUUUGUCCCUUACACCAAGCUGCGCAAUGUAAAUGAAACCUGGGCCAGACAACUGUGCAAACUCCAUAUUGUUCCAGGUCAGCACUUGGCCUCUGACCUAAAGCAGCGGAAACUCUGGACCCUUAGUGGUGAAUUCUUGGUGUUUAACCAGAAGGAAUUCAGUUUGGGAUCAAGGCCCGACAUUAAAUACAGGAUCCAAACGACUGACCUUCCGGCAUCCAAUGGGAUCAUCCAUAUUAUCAAUAACCUCAUAGAAAAUGGGAGAACUGAAGCUUCAGAAACUCGUCAGAAAACCAUUGGAGAUAUUCUUGCUAAUAAUGAAGAAUUCAGCAGAUUCGAGACAUUACUGGAGAACUGUGACUUGCCACCAAUAUUGAAUCAACACGGCUCAUUUACUGUAUUUGUUCCAAGCAACGAAGCAAUAGACGCCCUGAGAGACGGGAGGCUCAUUUAUCUCUUGACUAAGGCGAAGCAUAAGCUCCUGGAGUUAGUGAAGUACCACAUUUCCUCCGUGGCAGCGAUCUCUGCUGACAGGCUUAUUACAAUGCCGACUAUUUUAACCACUGCCAAUGAAAUCAUAAAGCUUAACGUCACAGAAGAUGGAAGAAUCACUCUUGGGGUGUCCAGUGUCCCAAUUGGUCGAACUGAUAUCGUGGCUUCCAAUGGAAUCAUACAUACCCUAGAUGGCAUAUUGAUCCCUGACACCAUUUUGCCGAUUUUGCCUCAUCAGUGUAUGGAAACGUUUCAGAAAACCAUCACAGGCCUGUGCUCCAACUGUGACUCUAUUGCCCCCUGUCCAGAUAACAGCACCGAUUUGGGAUCUGUAGACAAAGGCUGCAAGCUUGGAGAAGGCACAAAUAGUUCCUUUGGCUCAAUUGGCUGUGCCCGUAACUGCACUGUAACUGCCUCGGAGCUGGGCUGCUGUAGUGGCUUCUAUGGACCUGAGUGCAGGCAAUGUCCUGGAGGAUUUUCCUCUGCCUGUUAUGGUCGUGGGACUUGCAAUGAUGGAAUCCAUGGAAAUGGCAAGUGCAUCUGUUUCCCAAAGUUCAAAGGAAUCGCCUGUCACAUCUGUACUGACCCAAACAAGCAUGGGAAUGAGUGUGAUGAAGACUGUCGGUGCCUUCAUGGCAUUUGUGAUAACAGAUCUGGAAGCCGAGGGGUUUGCCAGGGUGGUCGCUGUAAUGAAGGAUUCACCGGAGAAUUCUGUGACCAACGAGCAGAGCCUUGUGGAACAUCAGAUCUGGCACUGUUCUGCCACCUGAACGCUACCUGCGAAACUGAGGGCAACAUCACAAGGUGCACAUGUGAGAAUGGAUACGAGGGAGAUGGGUUUUCAUGUCGCCUGGUAGAUGCCUGUAGAAGACCUGACAGAGGAGGCUGUGCAGAUAAUGCUAUUUGUACCAGCGCCAAAGAUGGCACUGUCAGCUGCGAGUGCAACACUGGCUGGACCGGAGAUGGCACUGUCUGUUUACCCAUUGACAACUGUGUGCUGGCAAACAGAGGGGGCUGCCACCUUGAUGCACAAUGCAACUUUAUACAGCCGGGACAGAAUGAUUGCACAUGUAAAAGGGGGUACGUGGGGGACGGAUAUUCCUGUGACCCAGUGGAUCUUUGCUUGGAAAACAAUGGGGGUUGCCAUGGGAUGGCUAAAUGUCAGUUUGUGGCGGCGGGAAAGAGAACAUGCACUUGUCUCGAUGGAUUUGGGGGGGAUGGACUGACAUGUUAUGGAGACAUAAUGGUGGAGAUGCAUGAGAGGCCGGAGCUGUCUCUGUUUAACCAGUGGAUAAUGAAUUCCCAGACUGUGAUCCCAAAAGGAGACAACAUAACUGCUGUGGUGCCAUCCAAUGAAGCAAUAGAAGCUCUUCCUGAAAAGCAGAAGGCAUUUUGGGUCGUUCCGUACAUGUUGCCUUUCUUAGUGAGGGGGCACUUCAUUCAGGGACGCUUCAAUUCCAGCCAAUUGUGUGAGCACACGGGCCAGGAAAUUGCCUCAUUACAACCCAGAACCAAGUGGGAAAUCAUGUGUAUUAAUGGGAGCAUCUUGAUCGACAACACAAGUGUCAUUUCCCAUGACAUCCCCGCCACCAACGGCUUCAUAUUUAUUAUUAAUAAAGUGCUCAGACCCCCCAUAGGGAAUAUCCCUCCUGCUCUGCCUAAAUUGGCACAGGUAUUGAAACAGGUUCCAGCAUUUGCAAAGUUCUCAGAAGCAUUGCAGGAAUCGGGUCUGAUUCAGGAAAUUGAAUCAUCGAGGGAAAAAUUCACUAUUUUUGUUCCUGGGAAUUGGGCAGUGGAGAAAUUCUGCAAUGAUUCUGGCAUUGAGCAUCUGAGGGACAACAGCAAAAUAAUGAAAUAUCACGUUCUACUUGGGGAGAAGAUGUUUCCUGCAGACUUUAAAAGUGGGAUCCACAAAGAAUCCAUGUUGGGCCCCUCUUUCCGACUGACGUUCUAUCAGCAGAACAACCAGACCUCCAUCCAUAAUGUCCCACUCGAGGGAACCUUCUAUGAGACGUGGAAUGGAAUGCUGGUUGGAAUUUCUCGUGUUCUGCCAAUUCUGCAAAACCACUGUGAUGUCACCAGAAGUCAUGUGACAAAGAGCAAGUGCACUAGUUGCCUGACGGGACUCCUGUGCCCCACGGGGACCAACAUGGAGAAAACUGAGCAAAUGUGUAAAUAUAAAAGGGGAACCAGAAAUGUAUCCGGAUGCAAAUUCAACUGCGUCAGCUCAUAUGUAGUAUCCGAGUGCUGUAAGGGCUACUAUGGGCAUCAGUGUCUCAUGUGCCCGGGGGCACCCAAUGACUUGUGCUCUGGCAAUGGGGACUGCCAUGAUGGCUUGGCUGGCAGUGGCGACUGUAUCUGUCAGGAAGGUUUUCAUGGCACCGCCUGUGAGAUGUGUGAACCAGGAAGAUACGGAACCGAUUGCAAAUCAGAGUGCGAGUGCGUCCAUGGUCGAUGUAACAAUGGUUUCUAUGGAGACGGCAAGUGUCUGUGCGACAAGGGCUGGAGCGGCUACACCUGCGAGAGAAAUAUAACAAAUGAUAUGUGCAAUGGUACCUGCAGUCUUGAUGCCAACUGUGUUGUUGGAGCCACCAAUUCCACGCCAGUAUGUUCCUGCAUUGCUGGUUUUACUGGGAAUGGCACUCACUGCACAGAAAUAAAUGUCUGUGCUAUGAAUAAUGGUGGAUGUUCAGAGUAUGCAAAGUGCACUCGGGUUAUUCCUGGGGUGGUGCAGUGCACGUGCCACGAGGGCUACAAUGGAGACGGCAGGGUCUGUAUCGAAAAUGAUGCCUGUCUGCAGAAUAACGGGGGAUGCCAUGCCAAAGCGGAAUGCACCAAAACUGGACCCAACAAGGUGGCGUGUAACUGCCUGGAGGGUUAUGAAGGGGAUGGGAUCCUGCGGUGCACUGAAAUCAACCUUUGCAAAGAGAACAAUGGAGGUUGCAGUCCCCUGGCCUUUUGUUUCCGAAUGGGCCCGGGGAAGCGCCGAUGUUAUUGCCCAGGAAUGUAUUUUGGGGAUGGAUUUACCUGCAGAGGCAACAUUGAUAAGGAGCUGAGUAUGAAUCCCGACACUGCUGUGUUCUAUAAGUAUUUAAAGGCGCAGAAUAUUCCGAUUGGCUCAGAUAUGAGCAAUAUCACAGUCUUUGCUCCGGUGAAUCAGGCGUUUGCCAACAACACCGUUCUGGAGGAAUAUAAGAGUAAUGGGCGACUAACAGAUUUGCUACUGGAGCACGUGGUUGACUGUAGGGCAAUGUCAUUGGCCGACUUAAAGGAAACCCAGUACCUGACGACAUUAGGAGGCGGAAGGCUCAGGAUUUUGAUAGAUCAGGACAAUGUGUAUCUGAAUGGCCGCGUUAAUCUGAUGAAUAAUUCUAUAGUCGCUAUGAACGGCAUUAUCCACUUCAUUGAUGAAAUUCUGGUUCCAGAGGUCCAAAACGUCAGUCACCGGCCGGUCAAACCUAAAGAGCUCAAUAUAACCGAGGCCGCAAAAAUCUACGGAUAUUCCAUGUUUCUCCAACUUCUCAAGGACUCUAAACUGAUGCCGUUGGUGAGUGACAAAAGCAACCAGCCCUACACCAUGUUGUGGCCAACAGACCGAGCCUUCAAUUCUCUCCCCGAGGAAAGAAAGAACUGGUUGUACCAUGAAGAGCACAGGGACAAACUGCAGGCCUAUCUCAAGAUCCACAUGAUCAGGGUCGAGAAGAUUUCUGCCUCCAAACUCCCGAGGCAGCAGCGGGCAGUACAGACAAUGCACGGCUCCAUUAUCAAGUUUGAGUGCAGCAGAGAAAUGAUUGGGGAUAUUGUGGUGAGAGGAGCCAAAAUUGUCCAGAGAGACAUGGAGUUUAAUAUCGGAAUUGCUCAUGGAAUUGAUCAGCUAUUGGAACCUCCUAAUAUCGGAGCUCGUUGUGAUGCAUUUGUAAAAACUGAGAUGAAGGCCUCGCAUAACUGCGAUUCGUGUGGGUUUGAGUCGAACUGCCCAUAUGGGACAACUGAUACAGGGAAAGUAGAGCGCUGCUCUCGGAGGUACUUGAACUCCUAUUCUUUAUGGACGCACUCUCGUUACUCGUCUUCUUACAAUCCGUAUCUGAGCGGCUGUGUCAGGAAAUGUAUCUCAGUCUUGUGGAGGCCACGGUGUUGUAAAAACCAUCACGGGAGGGACUGCCAAGCCUGCCCCGGGGGGUUGAAAGGUCCGUGCAGCCGACAUGGCGAGUGCAGCGACGGAUUAGCAGGGACCGGACAGUGUAAAUGCCACCCGGGAUUCAAUGGCACCGCUUGUGAAUUGUGUGAGUCGGGCAGAUACGGUGUAAACUGCACAGGGUGCGCCUGCAGUCGGAACGGCCAGUGCAAUGACGGCGUCUCUGGGGACGGCUCCUGUUUUUGUGACGAAGGAUGGACUGGCCCCAACUGUGAAAUCAAAUUAAAGGUUAAAGCCGUGUGCUCCCCACAAUGUGAUGCCCAAGCGACUUGCCGUUCCAACAACAGCUGUGAAUGUAACCCCCAUUAUGAAGGUGACGGCAGGAAUUGCACGGUGAUUGACCAAUGUGCCCAAGAAAAUGGCGGUUGUAGUAGCCACGCCCAGUGCGUUCAGGUUGGCAUCGUUGCCUCGUGCAGAUGUUUGUCAGGUUAUGAAGGAGACGGAUUUUUCUGCAGCCCCAUCGAUCUCUGUGCAAAUGGCAACAAUGGAGAAUGCAGCCUACAAGCCACAUGCAUUAAUAUGGGACCAAAUAUCCGGACAUGUCAGUGCCACGAUGGUUAUGUUGGUAAUGGGAUCCAGUGUUUAGAGAAAGCCAUUCCUCCAGUGGACCGAUGCCUGGAACAAAAUGGGAACUGCCACUCCCUCGCUGCCUGCACUGAUCUACAUUAUCAAGAAAAGAAGGUCGGAGUUUUCCACCUGCGGUCGCCUAAAGGAACAUAUCGGCUGACGUACCCCGAGGCGGAGAAGGCCUGUGCGGCACAAGGAGCCACCUUAGCCACUUUCAACCAACUGUCAGCAGCCCAGCAGUUGGGCAUGCAUAUGUGUGCAGUGGGAUGGCUCCACAACUGGACCGCUGGGUACCCUAUCGUCUACCCAAACCCUUACUGUGGUAACAAUCAUGUUGGGAUUGUAGAUUACAAACAAAGGACUAACAGGAGUGAGACUUGGGAUGCCUUCUGCUUCCGUGUGCAAGAUGUGCAGUGCUCUUGCCCUGACAGAUAUGUGGGAGAUGGCAGUUACUGCAAUGGGAAUCUGCUGGAGGUUCUGGAGUCCACCCCACAUUGCUUCAUCUUUUACUCAAUGCUAUUGGAAUAUGCCAAUGCCACCCAGGAAGGCACUGAAUUUCUUGGAUUUCUUUCCAAUGCAACAUCAUAUAAAACAUUCUUUGUACCUGUGGAUGCUGGCUUCAAUACCAAUACGACGUUAUCCUGGCGAGAUCUAGAACACCAUGUAUCUCAGAUGGACAUAAUGCUUGGCUAUGAGAAUUUGACUGAUGGAAGUUUUAUCCCGUCCAAGAUAGGAUCCAACCUGUCUAUUUCAGAAAAUUCCUCUGGCAGGUGUGAGCAGUACCAGUGUUCCAAGUUGGUAAACAAUCAAGUCAUCAUUCAGUGGGACAUUCCUUCCUUCAAUGGGAUCAUCCACCUCAUUAAGGGACCACUCAAAGCUCCACUCUUGCCGGAGGAGAGCAUCGGGGGGAUCUCUAAUCCCAUGGCCGUAGGUCUCGUGGCCGCACUGGUGGUUUCUCUCAUGGUCGUCGCUUUCUCAGCCGGGGGCUUCUAUUACAGACAACAAUCCAAAGGUUUCCAGUUCAGCUAUUUUAAGGCUGAUACAGAAGAGGGAAGUGGUGGUGAAAAGAAAAAUGUGGCACUGGUAUCAAUACCCAAUCCCAUGUAUGGAGACGGCUCUUUGUUUGAGCCAUUGGAGGACGAGUCGGAUGAUGGAGAAGCCUCGGACACCUGCCAGAUUCUUGGCACCAAGUGAUGGAGAUUCAGUGAAACAAUAUUUGCACUUUGUACCAUUUCUGUUGUCAGUCUGUGCAAUUCACUUUGUGCCACAAUCAACACUUCAGACUUUUAGAAAUUCUACAUACGGAUCAGGAUCGUCCAAUGGGUGAAUUCAUGGUGAGCCAAUGUCUGCUUUUCUUUCCAUUAAAGUCAUUUUAUUGGACAGAUUUGUACCCGGAUGUGACGAAUAAAACAAACCCCCGUCUGUGGGAGGAGCCAACCACUUUGCUGAAUGGAGACACAGAUCCAACUGGAAUGGAGUUAAUAUUCCUGAUUUUGCUGAUUAAUGACUUAAUGAAAUGAUCUUAUUGUAAUAAUUAUCAUGUGCCCCAGAAUUCCCUGCAAUGAUUCUAAAUAACAAUAUUAGUUAUUAGGGGACGAAUGAGCCUGACCAAUCAACUCAUAAGGAGAGAUUAUAUGGGCAGUUGCCAUGGCUACGACUCAUCCCUCAGUGAUUGGGCAGAGGAAGCCCCAGCUGAGCCCAUACUGCCCCAGUGUGAUUAGAUGCCCCUCUUCCAUUACCCCCUGUAUAUAAUGAUGCUCUCAGGGUGGAUCUUCCUAAUCCCUUUCCCUUCUAGCUGCCCCCCCCCAAACCCCAGCCUUAAAGGAGAAUUGAACCGUAUAGUAACCCCCCCCCUACAUAGACUCCCCUCCCUCCACCCCAGGCAAAUGCCCCCAAGUCUUUAGUUCCCCCUCGGUGCAGAUUGUCUGUAGCGGAGUUGCCGGGGGAGCGAGCGCAGUGUCGGCGCAGUUGGUCAUUGCGGAGGCGCCAGUCUCAAUCCGAAGAGAAGAAGAUGGCGGCCGUGAACUCCAUUGGACAGAAUCUGCACCGAGGGGGAAAUAAAGACUUAGGGGCAUUUUCUUGGGGAGGAGGGGGGGGUCUAUGUAGGUUUAGGGUUUUUUUUAACUUUAGGAUUUGCUUCGUCCUUUAGCCCCCUUUAUCCCUCGUCCCUUGUUGGGGGGCCAUUUUGCCUCCUCCGCUGAUUGUUACACGUUGAUUUAGUGGGGUCUGAAAUCACAUGAUUGUAAAUGUAAUUUGUCUGAAUAAAAUAAAUAUAAAAGUA